AUGGCUCGCAAGAUUAUCCUCGAUCAUUUGGCAUAUGUGAUCUAUGAGCAUCCUGACCUCGAGAAAUUCAUGAAAUUUGCUCACGAUUUCGGCUUUGAACUCGCAGGUGAAGUGGAUGGCUCGAUGUAUCUGAACGGUUACGGCAUCGAUCAUUACAGCUACAUUGCCACUCAAGCACCAGCUGGAAAUCCGAAACGAUUCAUCGGGGCUGGAUUUGUGGCGAAGUCUGAAGAUGACUUCGCCCUUGCAUGUAAGUUAGAGGGAGUCAGGAUUAAGAACGUUGAAGGAGUGCCUGGAGGCGGAGAAGUUGCCAUCCUCAAAGACCCAAAUGGGUACGAAAUACACGUCAUCUGGGGCCAGAGACCAAAAGAUGUCCCGGCGCGGCCUGAAUCAGCGUGUAUUGAUGGAAGGACUCCCGUGAACGGUGCCUUUGAGAAGAAACGGAAGGGCCAAUUUGUGCGGCUUGCACCAGGCCCGGCGAAAAUCCACAAGUUGGGCCAUUUCGGGUACACCACGGGCAACUAUGAAGCUACGUGUGCCUGGUAUGCGGACCGGUUCAAUUUUAUCCCAACAGACAUCUUGCACGCUCAGGAAAACGCAUCUGUGGACGUGGCUACUUUCUUCCGCCUUGACUUGGGAAAACGAUACGUUGAUCACCAUUGCUUUCUCGUCGCAAGGGGGGGCACACCUGAUACCAAACCGCAUCACUCAUCCUUUGAAGUUGAGGAUUUGGACACACAAUUCAUGGGUCAUAAGUGGCUGGAGGACCAGAAGUAUCGGCUUGUCUGGGGAAUCGGCCGCCAUUUCCAUGGCUCGCAAGUUUUCGAUUAUUGGUAUGAUACCAGCGAGUUCAUUGUCGAGCAUUAUGCAGAUGGCGAUAUGGUGAACGAUGACGCUCAGGUCACACGAGCUGCAGCAGGAAAUAUGGCUGUCUGGGGGCCUCCUGUUCCUGCGAUAUGGGGCGGUUCGCAGACUAGUAGUUAA